UAUAAGGUAAGCAGUGACACUCCGAGGAGCGAGACAGCCAGACGGCCCUUACGUGUUGUCCAGCUGGCCUGCUAUCAGUGCCGAGGGUGGUGACAGACGAUGAUGGCUAGAUAAGUGUUUCUACGCCCUUGGAUUCACCUCUUGUACAACUAGGUUCACCAUGGCGAUGUCCCAAGCACAUCGACCCUCGGCUCUCAAGCAGCAGAACAAAAAACACAGAACCCUCGGCCACAAAUCCAAGAGUAGCAUUGCCAAAAGUAACAAAGGUAGAGUUGCUGCAAAGAACUUGAGUAAAAAGAUCAAGUUUGAACUCAACAGAGAGCAGCGGAAGAAUCAGGCCAAACAGAUCCGAGCAUCAAAGAAGGAGGAGGCAGCCUUUCGGAAGCGUUCACUUGGCACUCAGUUCAAGCCUCCCUUCCUGGUGAGUGUGGUGCCGCUCAGUCCCUCCAUCAACCCCAGGUCGGUGCUUGUUGCCCUUGGAGAGUGUGAUGAGGGAGCCACAGUGAGCACCAGUCCCCAGGGCAUCACACACAUCAGCUCUCAGCGGUUCAAGCAGAGGUUCUCAUUUGUCAUCCCACCGGCCAAUGACUUGUAUGCAAUCUUGGACAGUGUAAAGACCAGCGACACCUUACUGCUACUCUGGCCUGGGGAAGAAGAACUUGGUGGUGAUGCUGACCUCCUACUCUCCUCCAUCAUGGCCCAGGGGCUUCCAACUCCUGUCCAUGUUGUCACAGACCUGGAGGAGCUGGCUCAGAAGGAGGGAGCUGUAGGCCAGGAGAUGGAAACGGAUGAAUUGGAGCAGGAUCUUGGCAGCAAGCUGUCCCUCGACCCUCAGCCAACCCACUUCAAGCCUCAUAAGAAGCACCAGAUGAAGCAGAACUUGAUCAAGGAGAUAGAGACAAGGUUCCCAGGGUCGGCCAAGCUGCAUACCGUAGAGAAGCCUCAAGACGCUCUCCUGAUUCUACGACACAUUGGCGCACAGAAACAGAGACCCAUCUUCUUCAGGGACAACAGACCUCACAUUAUGGCUGAGAAACUGGAAUUCUUGCCCGAGGGACCCACUGGAACAUUGAGAGUGCACGGCUACCUGAGGGGCAAGCCAAUCUCCGUCAAUGGACUGGUGCACAUUCCAGGCUGGGGAGAAUUCCAAAUGUCUGCCAUCAGUAUUUACCAGGCAGACCCGUAUCCCCUGGACCGGCGCGGCAAGGAAGACAACAUGAUUGGCGCAGAGAUAAGACUGCUGGGUGAGGCCGAUUCAAACAUCCAGGAAACCCUUAUAUCAACAAAUGAGGUUGACCCAAUGGAAGGGGAGCAGACCUGGCCAACGGAGGAGGAACUUGCUGAGGCUGAGAAGUUCACGGCUCCCAAGACACGCACCAAGCGGGUUCCUAAGGGCACCUCAGACUACCAAGCUGCCUGGAUUGUUGACAGUGACAAUGAAGAGGGAAGCAUUGGUGACGAUGAGGAUGAUGGAGACGAUAGUAACAUGGAGGAAUAUGCCCCGGUGGACGCCAUAUCUCAAGACGGCAUGUCUCAGGACGACGGCAAUGAUGAGGAUGAGGAGAGCGACGAGGAGUACGAGACAGUGACAGUGACAGAGAACGAAGGUGCCAACUAUGAUGAGAAGGUGGACUAUGGAGAGGAGAUGGGUGCCCUGCAGAAGAUGAGAGAGGCGAGAGAAGAUGCAAUGUUCCCUGACGAGGUGGACACUCCCCAGGAUGUGGCGGCUCGGAUCAGGUUUCAAAAGUACCGAGGCCUCCAGAGUUUCCGCACAUCAGUUUGGGACCCCAAUGAGAACCUGCCCCUCGACUACUCUAGGAUAUUCCAGUUUGAAGACUUCCAGCGUACGAGAAAGAGAGUGCUGAGGGAGGAGACUUAUGGAGCUGAGCCUGGAGGAUACUUGAUGAUUGACGUGAAGGAAGUGCCACAUCACCUGUACAAGGAGCACAUAGCCACUCACUCCCCUCUGGUGAUGUUUGGCCUCCUCCCCCACGAGCAGAAGAUGUCGGUGGUGAACUUCGUCGUCAAGUCCCACCCACAGGGUCACUUCCGCCCCAUCAAGUCCAAGGAGCGCCUCAUCUUCCACUUGGGCUUCCGUAGGUUUGCCAACUGCCCGAUCUUCAGUGAACACACCACCGGCAACAAGCACAAGUUUGCUCGGUACUUCCACCCAGGCAGCACCGUUGUGGCCACCAUGUUCGCACCAAUCACCUUCUCUCCAGCCUCAGUGCUCGUGUUCCGGGAGCGAGCGGAUGGAGCGCAGGAUUUAGUGGCUACAGGCUCCUUGCUGAGUGUUGAUCCAAAGAGAAUAGUAACCAAGAGAGUGGUGCUGAGUGGCCAUCCAUUCAAGGUGAACCGCAAGACAGCUGUGGUGCGCUACAUGUUCUUCAACCGGGAGGAUGUGAUGUGGUUCAAGCCGGUGGAGCUGCGGACUAAGUGGGGCCGGCGGGGACACAUCAAGGAGCCUCUAGGAACCCACGGACACAUGAAGUGCUUCUUUAAUGGGCAGCUCAAGUCACAGGAUACAAUUUUGCUGAACCUGUAUAAGCGUAUGUUCCCCAAGUGGACCAUGGACCCCUUUGUCGCCCGGCCUCCUCCCCUCUACACCUUCCACACUGCUCACCACUCAGACAGCGAUGACGAGGAGGAGGAGGAAGCACAGCAACCUUCAAGAAAAAGGAGUAAAAUGGUUAAAUUUGUUUCCUGAAAGUAUCGUAGUAGUUAUAUUUGGAAUUUAUUUAUUUGUGCUGUUACCUCCCUUGCCGGCCACAACAGAACUUCGGUGGGAUUGGUCCUGUGAACUGUCGUAAUAAACAUACAGGUCUUGAA